GGCGGUUAUCGCCGCAGUUAACGGGGAUAAUCUGCUGGACUACCAAGAGAAGGUUUACCUUGCUUUUCAAGAGACUUUGGAUUAUAAAAUAUCCACUUCCGAUUAUUCAAAAGGUUUAUUAGAUUUACGAGAAUUAUACGAUUUAGAACUAGCGAAAGUCCAGGCAAUGAAAGAAAUUAAAGCGGCGUUAGCGACCUCCCGCGAAGCGGAAGUCGCAGUCUACUGGGAAAAAAUUAUUGGGCAGAUUAGAGUUCAAAACACUUUGAAAGAAAUAACCAAGGAAAAAGAGGGCAUAAUUUCAACCAUAAACUUGGGCAAAAUUACCGAAACCUUCGUGAUCGACAGCGGAGUAAUUAAAUUCUAUGAUAAAGACAAACCUUAUUACGAAUUUACUAAUUUCGCCCCCAACUUUCCCAUCAACUUCCCAAGAUUACCCGGCUUCGAAAAUUUAGCGGGCGAGUGA